UUCAGGUAAGAAACAUCAAAUGUGACUCAGUGAUUUUCACUGCAUAAUAAAAUCAGGCUUUUCACUUUUAUCUUAAGCAAAUCAUUUUCUGUAGAGUCACAUACACUACGUCCUGGAAUGCCAAUUCAGUGGAAAACAUGUGUUCACUUUGUAGUUCAUAACUGUAGCUCAUGCAACCCCCUGUGUGUGGUGUCUCACAAAGAAGUGUUUUGAAUAGUGACCCUCUACCAGCAGCUCUUCCUGUUUAUCUCUAUGGCAAGAGUUGCAAAUAGACACCGUGCCCCACCAGAGGACGUGAGGCAGCUGUUUCUAAAAAUAAACCCAACACACUUACCUACCACGAGACCCUCAUGCCCUGCUCCUGCCUCAGCACAGUAAUCCCUGUCACAGACAAAUUCUCGACAGCCACACAGACUGCAACAAAGGACAUCAACAAAGACAGAGCUGUGUGACAGCAGCUCCCACCGAGAGUCUUUGAUCCAUUUGGACGAACAAGCAAGGCGAAGAACCUGGAAACAUGAAGUCGCUGCGAUUCCUUGCAGCCGAGGGUUUCGUCCAGGGUGGUCCAGCUGCUCUGGAGAACCUCAACUGUUUGUCUUUUAAUCUCUACCCACUCAUCUUUAAGGCUUGCUGCCUGCACGAGCAGGCUGAUCUGCUGCGUGCUCUGGUCCAAACAUGGCCUCUCACUGAGCUCAACCUUCAGAGGCUCCUGGGAAAGACUGUGGACUGUCAGAUGGACCUCACCUCACGCACUUGCCGUCUUUGUCUAGAGGCACUUCUGACCGCCUUAAAGGAUUAUAUCCUGUCACCACCAAGAACGUAUGCCAAGUGCCUCCGUAUGGUGGACCUCACUGGCCUUAAAGACAUCAAGCACCAGGACUGCCCAUGCCAGUCCACCCUGGGUCGAUGGGCAAGAACACAUCUCCUGUCCAAAAUGUGUUAUGAGACCAUGGUGGCCAUCCAAGACAGUGACGUCCCUCAAUCUGCCUUUGAAAUAUCAAUUGAUGUCCUCAUGAAUGGGUUUGUCACAGGUCGCAACUAUGACCUUGUGGUUCAGGCCUUCCUCCUCCGCCGCUACUGUCCACUGAAGCUUCAUUUUGUCAGCUUCAGAGCCGAUUCCCUCACUCUCAAGCAGCUUUUUUAUGUCUUACGCCUAGCAGAACCUGAGUCCAUCACAAAGCUAGAGGUGGUCCACAAUGUUCCCCUGGAGGCCGUACACCUGGAGGUGCUGCUUUCCAGGGUGGAAUUCACUAAACUGCAGUCUCUGACUCUGCCAGCUGGGUCGCUGGAUGUCCGGAGGUUGGCUGCUGAUGAUGAUGUCUUGGGCACCAUCGGCAAACUGCUGGCACAGCUGAGCAGCCUGACAGAGCUCUACGUGGGAUUCUCCACACUCACUGGACACCUGCGCAGACUGCUGAGUCAUCUUAAUACUCCCUUGCAGCGCUUAGAGUUGGCCAACUGCUGCCUGAACCGCUUGGAUAUGACCUACCUGGCCAACAGCCUACACAGUGAGUUCUUGAUCCACCUGGACAUCAGUGGACAUGACAUCUUCAGCUCGUUCUCCACUUAUUUCCACAAACUGCUCAGACGUUGCUCGGGCUCAUUGGCCAGCCUGACGAUCGAGGAAUGCAACAUUGAGGAUGAGCACAUGGACGCCCUCACUGACGCCUUGUCUUGCUGUCAGGUGCUGGAAGAGCUCAAACUGCUGGGAAACCCUCUGACUGCUGCAGCGCUGCGAAGACUAUGCUCCAUGUUAUCUGCUGCUUUUCCUAAGUUAAUGUACAUAGAGGUGCCGGUUCCUCGUGAGUGUUACCCGGAGGACGUUACGUAUCCUCUGGAUGAAUCAGUCUUACUGCAUUACAACAAGGAGUUGUUUCAGGAAGUCAGGGGCCAGUUGAUGGGCAUCCUGGAAAGAGGCGGUAGGGGGGACAUAAAGGUCUGUACCCCACUCACAGGGGCUUUUGAUCCAGACAUAAAUGAAACCAGCAAUGAGCUGGGUAUACUCAUAGUUAAGUCUUUUAACAGUAUCGUUGGAAACUUUAUAGAUACCAUAAGUGAAGUGGACGACAGGAGAUCACAGGCUCAGAAAGAUAAUUAAAAAGCUUUGCGUGCAAUGAUUGAGUGAAUGGACAGAAAAGUGACAUAUUUAUGCAGUCAUACUGCCAGUACAUCAGUCACGAGUGAAUUAACUUAGUGAACUGAAUGUUUGAUGAUAGAUUAACACCAUGCUGUGCUCAUUACAUGCAUUUAUCAACAGAUACGCUUGUCAGUACUUCAGUGAAACUGACAAAAAGUAAUUGGCCUCCAUGUUUAACAGACUUCAGUUUGGAUAUUUGAUUCAACUAUGUAUUUGAAAUAAUAAAACAAAUGAAAAUAGCAUGGACGAAAUUAUGGUACUCUUAAUAUCGUAUAGCACAACUAUUAGCAUCAAUCACUGACAAGUGAUAUCUGUAACUCCCAGUGAGACGUCUGCAUCUGCCAACAGAUAUGCAUCUCUUCCUGAGCAUAAGAUCAGGCCUCAUAGAGGAUAAUUUGAGAAUAGUGUGAUGUUUUUGACAUUCUUGAUUAGUUUCAGCUGCAUGUUGUGGCUCAUUAUCAUUAUCCCAUUGAAGGACCCUUGAAUUACGACUGAUCUUUCCACAUCUGGGCAACAUUUUUUGCUCCAGGAUGCCUACAUAGUCUCAAGAUUUCAUUUUUGCCCUGCACAGAUUUGUGGCAGAGAUAACAAAACAAAGAAUUAAACUUUUUUAUAAGCUGCAAGGGUAUCAACAAAUUUUUCCACAUGUAUACAAAGCUGAAACUGGUGACUAUGGUAGAUACAAGUUUCCAAUAUAAAUAUUUUAUAACCUGU